UCACCCUUUUCCUUUUUACCUUCCUAGCUCUGUCACUCCCUUGCCAAUAACCAUGACCAGAAAAAAAAUUAAGUUAGCCUUCAUUCGAAAUGAAACCGAAAGAAAAACCUGCUUCAAAAAGAGAAAGAAUGGCUUGAUCAAAAAGGUGCAGGAGUUAAGCACCCUAUGUGGCAUUGAUGCCUGUGCCAUCAUCUAUGGCCCUCAUGAUCAGGAACCUGAGACUUGGCCUCCAUCCCCACCUGCUGUGCUAGAUCUGCUUGAAAGGUAUAAAUCUCUUCCAGAGAGAUUCAGGAGGCUGGAGAACCAACAAAGCUACACCCGAUCAAGGGUGGACAAGGUUCACGAGCAAAUCAGGAGAAAACACAACGGCAUCCGAGAGAACGAGGUCACCAACAUCAUGUACAGGUGCUUGCGUGGUGAGGAGGUACAAAACCUCCGCUGGGCUGAUCUCAAUGAGCUGGAGUGGAUGGUCAGUCGAAACCUGAGAGAAGUUUCCAGAAGGAUAUCAGUUCUUAAGGAAACCGUGCCUCAACCAUCUGCACCUAAGGCGCCUCUGGAAACAGGUGGAUACGGAGGUAACGAUGAAGGCAUGGUUGCUCCUGAAUUGCCUGUGAAUGAGAUGCGGAAGUUCACAUGGCCCUCUCUCAAUGCUUCCAUGGUGGCUCCUGUAAUGCCAUUUGGUGAUAUGCAAAAUCUCACACGGCUCUUGACCAAUGCUCGCAUGGUAGCUCCUGAAAUGCCUUCCAGUGAGAUCCAAAAUCUCACAUGGCCUGCUACUACUACAACUUCAGCAGUAGGCAAUCAGAUGGAGAAUUUCAAGUGGUUUUCCAACAACGGUUCCAUGGUGGUUCCUGAAAUGCCUCUGGGUUUGAUGCAGAACCCGACUUGGUUCACCAAUGAUGCUCCCAUGGUGGCUCCUGAAAUGCAAAAUCCAACCCGGUUCACCAACAAUGCUUCCAUUGCGGCCCCUGAAAUGCAAAAUUCAACCUGGUCCACCUGCAAUUCUUCCAUGCUGGCUCCUGAAUUCUCUAUGAGCGAGAUGCAACGUCCUACCUGGUCUACCAACAUUUCUUCCAUGGUGGCUCCUGAAAUGCUUGUGAGUGACAUGCAAAAUUGGGCUUGGUCCACCAACAAUGCUUCCAUGUUGACUCCUGAUAUGCUAACGAAUGAGAUGCAAAACAUCACAUGGUCUGCUAACAAAGCUUCCAUGGUGGCUCCUGAAAGGCCUAUGAGUAAGAUGCCAAAUCCCGCAUGGUCUGCUAACAAGGCUCAUAUGGUGGCUCCUGAAAUGGAUAGGGAUGAGUUGCAAAUCUAUGCAGUGGACAUGGAUAUGCUAAAUGUUCAACCUUGGCUUAGUGAUUUUGUGUGGAAUGACUCUUUCUUUGAACCCAUCAACAACAAUGGUGCUGGACCUAGCAAUCGUGCUCCUUAAAAAGUUUCAGUCAAUGAUAUUAGUAUUGGGUCUAGCAAGAAUUGUUACUUAAGAUGUCUAUGUUCAAAUUAUCAAAAAAAAAAAAAAAAAAAGAUGUCUAUGUUCAAGUCAUAUGAUGUUUUCCUAGUUUAUGUUCAGGUCGUAUGAUGUUUUGCAAG